AUGGUGCCGUUCGCUCCGCUGGAGGACGCGGAGGAGCCGGAGCCCUGCCACAAAAUGGAGCUGUACGUGAGCGGCGGCGAGCUAAAUGGCCUUAAAAUGGCAGAUGAGCCUAUGGAAGAAGGUGAACCAUAUUCCUACCACGAUGAAGGAAGUGUGAAAGAAAUUCCUAUUACACACCAUGUGAAAGAAGGAUGUGAGAAAGCAGAUCCAGCACAGUUUGAACUACUUAAGGUUCUUGGACAGGGAUCAUUUGGAAAGGUCUUCCUCGUACGGAAAAUAAUUGGUCCUGAUGCUGGGCAACUUUAUGCAAUGAAAGUAUUGAAAAAAGCUUCUUUGAAAGUUCGGGACAGAGUUCGUACAAAAAUGGAGAGAGAUAUAUUAGUAGAAGUAAAUCAUCCAUUUAUCGUCAAACUGCACUAUGCCUUUCAGACUGAAGGGAAGCUGUAUUUAAUAUUGGAUUUUCUCAGGGGAGGAGAUGUUUUCACGCGAUUAUCCAAAGAGGUUAUGUUUACAGAGGAAGAUGUGAAAUUCUACCUCGCAGAACUGGCCCUUGCUUUGGAUCACCUUCACAGCUUGGGAAUUGUAUACAGGGACCUGAAGCCAGAAAACAUUUUGCUUGAUGAAGCAGGACAUAUCAAGUUAACAGACUUUGGACUCAGCAAAGAAUCAGUAGAUCAAGAGAAGAAGGCCUAUUCUUUCUGUGGUACUGUAGAAUACAUGGCACCUGAAGUAGUAAACAGGCGAGGGCACAACCAGAGUGCUGACUGGUGGUCCUUUGGUGUUCUCAUGUUUGAAAUGCUUACUGGUACACUACCAUUUCAAGGUAAAGAUCGAAAUGAAACUAUGAAUAUGAUACUGAAAGCAAAACUUGGAAUGCCUCAGUUCCUCAGCCCUGAAGCACAAAGUCUUCUGAGGAUGUUGUUUAAAAGGAACCCAUCAAAUAGAUUAGGAGCUGGUUCAGAUGGAGUUGAAGAAAUUAAGAGACAUCCUUUUUUUUCUACUGUUGACUGGAAUAAACUGUUCAGAAGAGAAAUACAACCCCCAUUUAAGCCUGCUUCUGGAAAGCCAGAAGAUACCUUUUGUUUUGAUCCAGAAUUCACAGCAAAAACACCAAAAGAUUCUCCAGGAGUCCCACCUAGUGCGAACGCGCAUCAGCUCUUCAAAGGAUUUAGUUUUGUUGCAACCACUACUGUAGAAGAUCAUAAAGUAUCGCCACUCACCAAUAUACUGCCAAUAGUACAGCAACUUCAUGGAAACAGCGCACAGUUUACUGAUGUAUACGAACUGAAGGAAGAUAUUGGUGUUGGUUCCUACUCUGUUUGCAAGCGAUGUAUACACAUAGCUACAAAUAUGGAGUUUGCUGUAAAGAUAAUUGAUAAAAGUAAGAGGGAUCCCUCAGAAGAAAUUGAGAUUCUCAUGCGUUAUGGCCAACAUCCAAAUAUUAUCACUUUAAAGGAUGUGUAUGACGAUGGUAGAUUCAUAUACCUUGUCACUGAACUGAUGAAAGGAGGAGAGCUGCUUGAUCGAAUUCUCAGACAGAAGUUCUUCUCGGAACGAGAGGCUAGCGCUGUAUUAUACACUAUAACUAAGACUGUGGACUACCUGCACUGCCAAGGAGUAGUGCAUCGAGACCUUAAACCUAGUAAUAUUUUAUAUACGGAUGAUUCAAAUAAUGCUGAUUCUAUCAGGAUUUGUGAUUUUGGAUUUGCAAAACAACUUCGAGGAGAAAAUGGACUACUUCUAACUCCGUGCUACACUGCAAACUUUGUGGCACCAGAGGUUCUCAUGAGACAGGGAUAUGAUGCUGCUUGUGACAUAUGGAGCUUGGGUGUUCUUCUUUACACAAUGUUGGCAGGCUAUACUCCAUUUGCCAAUGGUCCUAAUGAUACUCCAGAAGAGAUCCUGGUACGGAUAGGCAGUGGAAAAUUCUCUUUAAGUGGAGGCAACUGGGACACUGUUUCAGAUGCAGCAAAGGACUUGUUAUCACAUAUGCUGCAUGUAGAUCCACAUCAGCGAUAUACAGCAGAGCAAGUAUUAAAACAUUCGUGGAUAGCCUGUAGGGACCAGUUGCCGCAUUAUCAACUAAACAGGCAAGAUGCACCACAUCUAGUAAAGGGAGCCAUGGCUGCUACGUAUUCUGCACUGAAUCACAAGACAUUUCAGCCAGUGUUAGAGCCUGUUGCAGCCUCAAGUUUAGCUCAGCGACGGAGCAUGAAAAAGCUAACAUCAACAGACUUAUAGAUCCACUGGGACACCUUAGCAAACAGAAGCAAGGGGAAAAUCCAAUAAGUGGCUCUAUUUUGCCUGACCUGUGAUCAAAAGGCAUCUAUGGUUUCCUGCUACACUACUUGAAUUCUGUAAAAGUCCUUUUUUUAAAAAGAAAAAAAAAAUCCACAGGUUCAUACUGUGUUGUUUUACAGGCUGUAUCUGUUAAAUUAAUUUAAACAUCAGGUACACCAUAAUGAAUUUCUCUACACUGUCCUUUAAGAGAUCUGUUGCAAAUAUUCUUUCACAUUCUGUAUAGUUUUGCUGGGUUCAUUUAAAAAAUGGUUUAGGGGACCGUUGCCAAUGACCAAGUUGUACAUAAAGUGUCAGUGUAAGUUUUCUUUUCUUCACACCUUUAGACCCUGUUGUGAAGGACAAAUUCUUAAUUUUGUAAUUGGGCACUUAAUUCAUUCAACUUAAUUCAUUUAACUUGUUCAUUACUAUUAUGAAAAGCUGACUAAUGUAUUGUGCUGGUGUUAAAUGCAUUAGUGUUAAUUUGGAAGGUCUGUGUUUGCAUGGUGCCGGUAACUGAUAAGUUUAUGUGAAAAUACAAACAAAAGGGAUGUGUAAGAUUCUGCACUUUACCCAUAAACUUAAUUUGAUCACUUGUGACCCAAAAGAAAUGCUGGAUAACAAAUGGCCUCUUACAGGAAAAUGGACAUUUCUCGUUCUUACCGUGAAUGGUAUUGUGUCCUGCACUGAGCUGGAGAGAGUAAGUAUGUGUAUAACCUGUCAAAAUUAAGGAUCUCGAUAACAUUGGUACCACUUUAAGACAACAUCGUGCAAUCCAAUGCUUUCUGUUAUUUGUAUUGUCUAUCCGUUAGUACAAUGACUAAGAUACUGUUUCCUCAGCAGUCGUUUCCACUGAAUAUACCCAAUAUUAAGUUUGUUUGGCAUAUAAGGCAAACUGACACUUUAUUAUAACAAACUUGGCACGUGGAUUUUAUUUUUUAUUUAUUUGAUUUUUAUAGAACGUUGCUUCUAUCGGAAUCUCUCGCUGCAUGUACAAAUAUUACAGAACAUAAAUGCAAAAUUCUGUUUGCCUAACUGUAGGGGUAGCUUGGGAAAAUAAAUAAGCCUUGCAGUGUGCCCAGAUAAGGGAAUUCUGACCAAGAAAUUUCACAGUUAUGGACAAGUUACUGACAAUAUCCUGUCGCCAGCGCUCACUUGCCCUCUCUGUCUUGGUGUUAGCAAUUCAGCUGUUUCUAAAUGCUGUGAUGGAGAGGAAAUUAAUUUCAGGGCCAGAAUUAUCCUGGGGUUUUCUGACUCAAAACCAGUGCUGACUGCUAGUAGACUGGGAACUACAGCAUUCAGAGGUGAUGAGCUUAAAAGUAUUUUCAAAAGUUGUAGACACUACUGUGCAACUGUACUGUCAUAGUAGGAUGAUACGCAUUUUAAAUAUUAAGUCUGUUAGUGACCAACAGUUAGACUGUGAGCAGUUAGAGAAUCCAAGUGACCAAAAAUGAAAUGUAGUUCAGACUGAUUUGCCGUCAUGGAAUUUCCUGUUCCAGAUCCCUUUGGUAGCCAAUUACGAGACACCAGUGAUGGCAGAACUCGGCGUUUUGAGACAGGGAAAAAAGCUUUCGGGAGAAUUCUGGCCCGACUGCCAAGAGUGGCGGUAGUAACUCAGAUCUUAAAAGGCAGAGGGUGCUGGCUGGUUUUUGCUUAUACCUGUGAAGUACUCGAUGGCAUUGGAAGUACUAUUAGAUAAGCUGCUUUAUUUUGUUGUGGUGGGGGAAGAUGGAAAUUAUCUGGCCAAAUAGUUAGGUAUGAAUAUAUGUAGAUUUGAGACUUAAUGAAUAUAGCAAACAUAGGUGUGCUAUUUGUAUCAUGCAGAACAUACCCCAUACUAAAUUUCUUGAGUGUUUGAUAGAUGUUGGAAGCUUUAGGGGCCGUUUGUGCCUAGUUUUGAGGUGCCUGUUUGAAAUGCUUGAAAGCUUAUCAAAGAACACAACUGCUUCCUGGAAAGCUUAUUGUUUAGUACAAAAUCUGCCCCUUAGGCAGCUGGUUCAUCCUUCUUUUCGUUACUGAAGACCUUUGCCAGCCAGAAUGCCUGUAAACCUCUUGUCUACAGUCUGUUGGUAAAAUUUUUUUGUAAAUUCACAAAUGACUGCCAGAAGAAUUUGAAUUCACUCUAAGGAAAAAAAAAAAAAAAGUGGUGGAAAUAAAGCCCCCUUAGCCAAGGUCAAGGUAUAAUGUGGGUUGAAACAUAGUAGUAAAAACUGUGUUGGGGAUAGAGGGUAAUGCAAGGCGUGGAACACAACUAAAACGUCAAACUUGAAUUGUCUUCAGCUUUCCCGUAAGGUAGCAGCUGGUCUUUAAUGGCUUUAUUCAUGAAUCAUUUAACAGUGUUUAUAUUGGUAUUUUCUUUUAGCUUGCUUAGAAGCACCACAUUAUAAGCACCUUAAAAGCAUUUUGCACAGAAGCAGUUGUAAGCAGCUGAAGGUACUUAAGUUCUUCUUGGUGUGCAACACAAAGGUGGUAAGAGGAAAAGUACACAAACAAGAUGGAUAUUCUGAUUCUUAGCAAAGAAUUUAAAACAUCUUCUAUAAAGUUAUCCCUGCUGUCUUUAUAUCAUUACUAGCCUUUAGUGCAAGUGGUACUCCUGGGGUAAAAGCAAGGUUUCAGUGACUGCAACAUUACAAAGUUGUCUUAUCGCAAGGAAAACAUAUGGACAAACACCUUUGUUAUAUCUGACAGGCCAGGGUACACUGGCAUGCCAAUUUGAAUCCUUAAUUUUGGGGGGUAAAGUUCACUUGCUAUGAAUAUUUGACCAUAUCAGUCUUUGAAACAUUUUUGGAUAUGCAGGGAUACAAAAGAGCUCACUUGCAGUUUACUAUAUAGCAUUUAAUGAUAAUCUUCUUUGUGAUACUUCUUUUGGAAUAUCUUGCAUACUUCUCAUCUUUUUUUUUUUUUUUUCCCCAAACUUAGGUUUUGUUCAAUUAAGCAAUUACAUAAAGGUAGCAUGCUCUGCUCAUGAGUAAUCAGUUAGAUGUUUGAAAUGGAAGAACACUUAAUUUGAACGUACUCUUGGCUGGAGUGAAAGGUUAGUGUACAUUGUUUCACUUUCAUAUUGUCUCUGUGCAGUUCAAGGUUACAAACUAGUUACAAUCUUACUAUCUUAUGGAUUUACUUUUUUUAAAAGUAAGAGUGAAAUUUUUACAAAGGCUUAUAAUUACAAAGAAAUAGGCGUACAUACUAGGUAUUUAGAGGAAUUUCCAGCGAACUAAUUAAUAUCUUAAAUGAUGUAAUAUUUUGGAUAUGGCUUCUGUUACUGCCAGCAAAAUAGCUUCUACUCUGAUGUUUGGUAAUGGCAAUUAUAAAUAAGUGCUAGUUCUCAAGUGCAGAUAGAGCCUGAUACAUUCUCACUAAAGAGAGUAGAUUCCCACAAACAUCAGCUAUAGCUGGAGCAGGCUUGUGACGUGUUUUGCUGUUCUUUUACCCCUCGCAUAUCGCAAUUUCUAUCUUCAGUUAUCCUUUUGCUAAAAAGUGAGGAACUCUAUUGUAUUCCUGUUACGUAUCCAAAAACUAUGCAGUGGCAUCGGUAUCAGCCAGUGGUGCAUAACGAAGAGUGCCCAUACGCGAGAGCAUUACCGUGGGUGGAUUCAUUUAAGCCACUGUUUUGUGGCUUGUGUAGUCUCAAUGCUGCUGUUAGCAUGUUGUGUGUGUUUUCCCGUUAUGCUUAAAACUAGUAAAUUCUUUUUGACCAUGCGAAGAGCCUAAGGUGUAGGUGGUCUAAGCGUACUGUCUGUUUGAGGCCUAUGUUUUAGUAUGGUUUAAAUGUUCUCCUUGCAUCCAGAGAAGGCAUCCAAAACCUCACCCAAGUCAGUCAUAUUGAGCUUGAAUUCUGUCUUCCAUGUUUUAAUUCAUUUUCGAAACCUAAUCUUCAUAUGUUCAAUAGUUAAAAUUACCUCUAGCAGACUUCAGCAAUUGGAAGCUAUUUGCAGUAUACUUACAAACUGGUCAUUUGCAGUGACAGAUUGCUGCAGCCAGUACUCGGCGCUCUGCCCUCAAAUGUUACAAUUAAAAAGUUGAGAUAGCUUGUAAGAAUUGAGUUCAAUGAAUUACACCAUACUGUAGUAACUAUCCUGAUUUGUAUCGAUGAAAUUAGGCUAAAACAUCAAUGCAAACAUGGGGGUUUAUGUACUUCUGUAGCACUUAAGCUUUUUUUCAGUCCUAUCCAGAAUUAGAAGUUUGCAAAUAUUUGUGGGAGGGAAGGAAGGAGCAGGCUUUUCUUUCUCAAAGUUUUCAGAAGGCUUCUGAAGCCGUGAUAAGAGUCCUUAUGUAAUCCUAUGGGAGCUCUAUACGGUUGGAAAAAAUAAAAAAUUUCUCCUUGAAAGUUUAUUCAAAAACUUUCUUGGGUAUGUAUUGAUACCUGUUGGUAACACGCCCAAGCUGUCAUUCAUACCGUACCAUCCUUCGGCAUUAACACCCUGUUAGUUAAGUACAUUCUGCAUGCUGUUUGUCCCCACUUCAGUGUAUUUUUUUAAAAUGUUUACUCCCCCAAAUUAUGUUGUUGUUAAGCCUACAUUUUCCUUUGGGAAUAGAAGAAUGAAUACAAAUUUAAAAAACAAAACAAAACCACCCUUACUGUAUAGCUAAAGCUGACUUGAGUAUUACAAUAACUUAUGUAAUUAGAAGUCGUCGCCCCCAAAAUAAUCAACGUCUUGGUUUUCUUGAGAUCUUUCCUAUGUAAUGAAAGCAAACUUUCUUUGAAAGCUUUAAAAGAGAUUUAAUUAUGUCUCUUAAUUAAGAUUUGGGCAACAGCUUAUUACCAAUAGUGAGUUUGAAUAACAUUGAAUCCUGUUUUGGGUUUUUUUAAUGUGAGAACUGAAAAGAUGCUCGAAGUGGAUCUCCUUUGCAGGACAAAGUGUUCCUAUUUUGUGUGUUUUGCAUUAGGCUUCUGAGCAGCGUUUGCUAAGUAAUUGCGUUGUCAUAAUAUCCCAAGCACUUUGGCAUCUUGCACUGAUACUCUGAUUAGAGCUAAAACUCUUCUGGCACGUGACUGGCUAUAAAUCUCAAUAUACGAAAGGGCAUUAAUUGAAAACAGUGUGCAAUGAAUUACAUGCUCUCUGAGGUACUUCAAAGAUGAAACUAUACAAAAGGUCCCCGUUAUCAGACAUUGUAACUGUCAUUUCUUUCUCUAAGCAUAUUGUGGAUUUUGUAUCAUAUUGUAUUUAUUUCAUUUAAUUUUAAAAAAAAUGUUUUCUUUAAAGCUCUGUAUAUAUUGACAUUAAAGUUUGCAUUGUACUACG